UCUCAGAGGUUGCAGCCAUUGCACUGAAGAGCAUCCUACAUUCAACAGGAGGAGCCCGCGGCAGAGAAGCCCCGACCCUCCUCAUAGCCGCUGCCUGUGCGCCCCGCGACCCCUCGCGCGCCAUGGCCAAGGAAGGCGUAGAGAAGGCGGAGGAGACCGAGCAGAUGAUCGAGAAGGAGACCAGCAAGGAGCCUGCUGAGGGCGGCGACGGCUCCCACCGCCUUGGGGAUGCCCAGGAGAUGCGCGCUGUGGUGUUGGCCGGCUUCGGCGGGCUCAACAAGCUGAGGCUCUCCAGAAAGGCCAUGCCAGAGCCACAGGACGGCGAGCUCAAGAUCCGCGUCAAAGCCUGUGGCUUGAACUUCCUCGACCUGAUGGUGCGACAAGGGAAUAUUGACAACCCUCCUAAGACGCCCUUGGUGCCAGGAUUUGAGUGUUCUGGGAUUGUUGAAGCUCUAGGGGACAGCGUGAAGGGAUACGAGAUUGGGGACCGUGUCAUGGCAUUUGUCAACUACAAUGCCUGGGCUGAGGUGGUCUGCACCCCAGUGGAGUUUGUCUACAAGAUCCCAGAUGACAUGAGUUUCUCUGAGGCCGCUGCCUUCCCCAUGAACUUCGUCACAGCAUACACAAUGCUCUUUGAGAUUGCCAACCUCCGGGAAGGGAUGUCUGUGCUUGUGCACUCAGCCGGCGGCGGGGUGGGUCAAGCUGUGGCUCAGCUAUGUUCUACUGUGCCCAACGUGACCGUCUUUGGAACAGCUUCUACUUUCAAGCAUGAAGCCAUCAAAGAUUCUGUGACCCACCUCUUUGACAGAAAUGCCGACUACGUGCAAGAAGUAAAAAGGAUCUCUGCUGAAGGUGUGGACAUUGUUUUGGACUGCCUGUGUGGGGACAACACUGGCAAGGGGCUCAGUCUCCUCAAACCUCUGGGGACCUACAUUUUAUAUGGUUCAUCCAACAUGGUAACUGGAGAGACCAAGAGUUUCUUCAGUUUUGCAAAGUCAUGGUGGCAGGUGGAGAAAGUGAACCCCAUCAAGCUGUAUGAAGAAAACAAAGUCAUCGCAGGGUUCUCACUCCUCAACCUGCUCUUCAAACAGGGCCGCUCAGGCCUCAUCCGGGGAGUAGUGGAGAAACUCCUAGGGCUGUACAACCAGAAGAAGAUCAAGCCUGUGGUGGAUUCCUUAUGGGCCCUGGAGGAGGUAAAGGAGGCCAUGCAGCGCAUCCACGACCGAGGGAACAUCGGGAAGCUGAUUCUAGAUGUGGAAAAGACUCCAACUCCGCUGAUGGCCAACGACAGCACAGAGACCAGCGAGGCAGGGGAGGAGGAAGAGGACCACGAAGGCGACAGCGAGAACAAGGAAAGGAUGCCCUUCAUCCAGUAAGACCUCAUCUCUGUGAAAGUAGAAGACGGCCGGCAAGAGAACGGCCGCCAUCCGAACUCCUCUGUGCCCCCGUGAACCAAUGCUGUAGUCCAGUGCGUGUCGUGUUCGUCUGCAGUCAGCCGAGCUAAGAAGCUGUUGAUCACUGUUGUGUUUGGAAUUAAGUGCCAAUCCCAUUCCACGCAGUAUUGUGUCCCUUCCUGGUCUGUGUAUCCCACUCUCCCCUCUCCCUCGUAUCAAACCCCUCCUUCUUCGGGUCCUUCUUGACAGAUUUAGAAUAGCCUUGCAAAUUAAUACAAGACCGUGGAGCCCAAUGUCUGAAACCAGGCAUGGACAAGGCUACGUCUGAUUGAAAGGUGUUGUCACAGAGCCCUGUCCAGAUCCCAUCAUUCUUCAGGCCAAUGACACUCUUUGCCCGCCAGCCAUCAGCGAUGCCUCUAACUAUGGCACUUUGUCAGUUUGGCUAGUGGCAAGAGAGUAGGCCAGGAGGAGAAUUCGAGAUCUUACACAUGCAGACUUCUCCAAGCUGUGCUUUGUCACUCCCCCUCUAAGAGGCCAUGCCCCUGCCUUUGUCUCUGCACCUUAAGGUUUGAGCCUCUCUUUAACUCUUGUCCCUGGUUCUCAUUUAUAAACCAUAAACCAGGGAAGCAGGUAUAGGUUCUUUCUAGGAUAGAGAUGGGUCAACAGCAUCUAUCUGAAGACCAGCUACAGAGACCCCUCCUCUGAAACCAUGUCUCCUGAGCAAAGUCCUCCCUGUGGCCACACACAGUUUAUUUAAUCCUAAAAACACUCACCAUGUGUAGGCCUAACUCAGAUGUCAUUACACUCACCUAGGUUCUCACCCUCACACUCGGCCUUCAGAAUUACCAUGAUUAUUUCCAAGUUCCUGCCCAAGAAAUGCCUUUCCCAAGGAAGAGCUCCCUUGAAGACCAACCACAUUUGGGGCUGAAAAAUCAAUUGGUUAAUUUUGCCUUCCCAAAGCAUGUUCUACUGUGCAAUAAGCACUAAGGAUAAAAUUGGUGGCUACCCAGCAUCUGAUGCCAAGUGUGUGGUCCCCCUCUCCAACACACAAAACCAUGGUGCUGAUUUGCAGGCUCCCUCAAAAUCAGGGGCCAAACUGCUUAAUCACAUACCCUGGUCAAUUUUCCAGCUUUUUGAUGGGCCUUGAAGGGACAACAGUUACCUUAAAGGAAAAGGAGUCUCUCUUCCUUCUCAGUGGGGCUCCUUAGUGCCUCCUUCCAGUCCUUCUGUCCUAAAGGUUCAUAUGUCACUUACAAACCAAGCUAGAUAUAAAAGGCAUCCAUGCAGUCAGCACCCUGAAUUUAUUUUGCCUUCUGGAAGACCUAAUGGGCUCCCCUAUGACCUUGAGUUGGUGUUCCAAGUUUUCUUACAUUCUUGAAGACUUUAAGAGGGUUCCUGUGUUGCCCACCUUCUCCACUAAUAAGCUUUAGGGUGGAUCCCACUCUUUCCCCCAUGGGCUGGGUACAAACACAUUUCAGCAGUCCCCUGCUUGGUUUUCAAAGUCUCUGUAACCAGUCUCAUGUCAUUCAUCAUGUUCCUUAUCUCGAUCCUGAACCUGUGAUGAUGACUUCUUCAUGCCAAAUAUUUACCUGAAUGGAGUCUUUCCUCAUUGUGACUGUGUGAGUCAAAUAUGGAGAUGAGAAAAGGUACCACCAGCCAAUAAGCCAGGGGAUGGGAAUAUCUAAAAGAGCAUGCCAACCACAGACUUUUAUUUCCUAGCUCCGGGGAGUGACUAGCACUCCAGUGUUUGGCUAUCCAGAGAGAUGAUGCCCCUUGCUAAAUACUGUAUAGUCAGUUACGUUUCCACCAUAACCAUGUUCAAGGGUGGGUAGACCUGAGGACCACUCUCAAAGUGCUAUUGCUAGUGUGUAGAAAUAGCCUUCUGGUCACUGGCCAUAGGAAGGUUCUCUUCUGGGGAACACGGAACCUGACUCACAUUCAGAAUGCAAAUGGUCUUGUCAUGUACAGCAGAGAAGCAUAGAAAGGCACCUCUCCCCAACCACUGAUUACACGUGAAAGCCCGCCUCUACUGAGAACACAGAAUGCGAAAACUUGAGUGUGACCAGCAUCACCUUGAGGAACAGGAGGGUGGGUGAGGGACAACUGGAAUCAGUCAGUCAUCCUGUGGACUCUUGUGUUAAGCACCUUCUUUCCCCUCUCGUGGUUGUUUCCUGGAGGAAGUGUAAAGAGUGUCUUUGUUUGCCUUAAGGGAGCUACAAAGGCUUCUCAGAAGGUUGAGCUUUAUUGGAAUGAACCGAACAUUGUCUAAUGUGUCUGUGGCUUCAGAGCUUUCGUUAUAUUGUUAUAUUGUGCCUACAAAGCAAAUUAUGUUUACAUAAAAAUAUAAAUAAAGUAUUCAGCAUAGCAUAA